GAGAGAAGAUGGCGGCGGCGGCGGCUUCGGCGCCUCAGCAGCUCUCGGACGAGGAGCUUUUCUCUCAGCUCCGCAGUUACGGCCUGUCUCCGGGCCCGGUGACGGAGAGCACCCGCCCGGUCUACCUGAAGAGGUUGAAGAAACUUCGAGAGGAAGAGCAGCAGCGGCAGCAACGGUCGGGGGGCCGCGGCAGCAAGACGCGGAACAGUAAUAACAAUAACACGGCAGGCACCGCGGUCGCAGCCGCGGGACCGCCGGCGGCCGUGGGGAUUGGGGUCCGGCUGGUCUCGAGCGACCUCUCCUACUUACGGACCCCUGGGGGCCUGGGCCGAAUCUCGGCCUCGGGCCGGGAGAGCCCCCUGCGAGGGCCCGGGGGCGCCUCGGCUGCCCCCGCGGCUGGCAGCAAAGUGCUGCUGGGCUUUAGCUCGGACGAGUCGGACGUGGAGGCCAGUCCUCGGGACCAGGCCGGCGGAGGCGGGAGGAAAGACCGGGCUUCUCUUCAGUACCGCGGGCUCAAAGCGCCGCCGGCGCCCCUGGCCGCCAGUGAGGUGACUAACAGCAACUCGGCCGAGCGACGGAAGCCCCACUCGUGGUGGGGGGCCAGGAGGCCGGCCUGCCCCGAGCUGCAGACCCCGUCGAGGAAAGAUGGAGCAGUGGGGGACGAGGAAGAGCAGGGAGAAGACGCUGUGGAGAGGAACCCGGAGGCCGAGGAGCCGCUGUGGGCGACCCCGACCGUGAAUGGCAGCCGUCUUCUCUCCUACAGUUGCCGGGAAAACUACUCGGACUCGGAGGAAGAGGACGACGACGACGUGGCUUCCACCAGACAGGUAUUAAAGGAGGACUCCCUUUCCCGGCAUCGGCCCAGACGGAGUCAUAGUAAGCCUCUCUCUCCGCUGACUGCUAAAUCUGCCGGCAGCCGGCUGGAGACUUCGGUUCAUGGAGGGGGAGGACUUGGGAUGAAUGACAGGGCGGCGGCUGCUGGGAGUCUAGAUAGGAGCCGAAACCUCGAAGAAACGGCAGAGCAGGGAGGAGGGUGUGAUCAAGUGGACUCCGGCCCCGUUCCUAGAUACCGUGUUAACGCUAAAAAACUGGCCCCGGCACUUACCGACACGGACUCAACCUUGGAUUCAUCGACAGGCUCCCUUUUUAAAACCAAUAAUCAUAUCGGCGGUGGGCCCUUCAGUGUGGACUCCCCAAGGAUUUAUUCCAACAGCCUCCCUCCCAAUUCGCCGGUGGCCGCCUCUAGUUCACUCAGGAUCAAUCACGCCAAUCACACAGGCUCCAAUCAUACUUACCUGAAAAACACAUACAAUAAGCCGAAGCUUUCCGAACCUGAAGAGGAACUUCUCCAGCAAUUUAAACGGGAGGAGGUGUCCCCAACAGGGAGUUUCAGUGCCCACUACUUGUCGAUGUUUCUCUUAACUGCUGCCUGCUUAUUUUUCCUAAUAUUGGGACUGACUUACUUAGGAAUGAGAGGGACAGGAGUAUCCGUGGAUGGAGGACUCAGCAGAGUGGGAAAAGAAGAAAAAGUAAAAAGCCCCUUUGAUGAAACAUUUGGAAAAAUACAAGAAAGUAAAAAAAAUCUUAUGAUGAGCACAUUAUAUAAGCUUCAUGAUCGAUUGGCACAGCUUGCAGGAGAUCAUGAAUGUGGCAGUUCUACUCAAAGAAUGCUUUCUGUCCAAGAGGCAGCUGCAUAUCUAAAAGAUUUAGGUCCUGAAUAUGAGGAUAUAUUUAACACCUCAUUGCAGUGGAUUUUAGAAAAUGGAAAAGAUGUUGGAAUAAGGUGUGUUGGGUAUGGCCCUGAGGAAGAAUUGACAAAUAUAACCGAUGUGCAGUUUUUACAAUCCACAAGACCACAGAUGUCUUUCUGGUGUCGUUUUCGACGAGCUUUUAUUACUGUAACCCACAGGUUAUUGUUGUUAUGCUUAGGUGUAGUGAUGGUUUGUGUCGUUCUGCGUUACAUGAAAUAUCGCUGGACAAAAGAGGAGGAAGAAACAAGGCAGAUGUAUGAUAUGGUGGUAAAGAUUAUAGAUGUUUUACGAAGUCAUAAUGAAGCUUGCCAGGAAAAUAAAGAUUUACAGCCUUACAUGCCUAUUCCACAUGUGCAAGAUUCUUUAAUACAGCCUCAUGACAGGAAAAAAAUGAAGAAAGUCUGGGAUAGAGCUGUUGACUUUCUUGCUGCUAAUGAAUCUAGAGUUCGCACGGAAACACGAAGAAUAGGUGGUGCAGAUUUUCUAGUUUGGCGGUGGAUCCAGCCUUCUGCAUCCUGUGACAAAAUAUUAGUAAUACCUUCUAAAGUAUGGCAAGGUCAAGCAUUUCACUUAGAUAGAAGAAAUUCACCGCCAAAUAGUUUGACACCAUGUCUAAAGAUUCGAAAUAUGUUUGAUCCAGUUAUGGAAAUAGGGGAUCAGUGGCAUUUGGCCAUUCAAGAAGCAAUUUUAGAAAAAUGCAGUGAUAAUGAUGGCAUUGUUCACAUUGCAGUAGACAAAAAUUCACGUGAGGGUUGUGUGUAUGUUAAAUGUCUAUCUCCAGAAUAUGCUGGAAAGGCUUUUAAGGCAUUGCAUGGCUCUUGGUUUGAUGGGAAAUUGGUUACAGUAAAAUAUUUACGACUAGAUAGAUAUCACCAUCGCUUUCCCCAAGCUCUUACUUGCAACACUCCCCUGAAGCCAUCAAAUAAACAUAUGAACUCUAUGUCUCAUCUUCGUCUUCGGACUGGCCUAGCCAAUUCUCAAGGUGGUUCCUGAAAAGACUUUCUUCCACUCCUAGGAUUGUUAUUUACAAUAGGAAAAUUCCUGUUUGGCUUCCUGUCUUCCUUUUUAAAUGCUUUUUGUAUGUAGUAUUUUUAUUGAUGAAUAUAGCUCUGUCUGAAUGUUCCAGAAAUCUUAAGUUUCCAAAGGGAUUUAGCAUUGAGGCAGCAAUGCUGAAUAGGUAGAAUAAUUGUUUCAUUCAGUUUUUGGAGUUCAAAGUUCAGCCAGUGCAUUUAAAGUUUUGCAUGAGGAACAUUGAUUUUAUUAAGCAUUUUCAGAUAUGGUGGUUGUAUUUUUGCACAAAGAAGUGUUUGGAUAACCACACAAAAGCAUGGUGAAGAGGCUUCUUGUAUUUCCAUAAUUUCUUGUGAACUGAUGUUGUGAAUUUUGUAUACAGUCACCUGCAUAGUUCCUUACAGGCUAAUGUGAUAAAACUGUUAAUUUCCCAAUUUAACCUUAGGUUUGUGUUGCUUCUAAAAGAUUUAUUUGCUAUAGCUGGAAUAUGGGAAAAUUAAUUUGGGCUUAGUGGUUACAUAUAUGUGUAAGUGGAUGUACAUGUACUUAAACUGGCUUUUGUAUAUAUGUAUAAAUGCUGGUGGUGGCGAAAGUAGUCUUGUUUUGUGAGGAUGUCUGCAUUAAAGCAGUAAAAUAAGCUUUCUGUUUUAUUCAUAACCUAAUGUGUGUGUAUAUAUGUAUGUGUAUAUGUGUGUGUGUGUGUGUGUAUGUAUAUA